UCGACGGAAUUCCCCUGUUCCAAGAACAUGAAGCUUGUCAAUCUUUCUCUUCGUCGGGCAUCAAUUUCGUAAUAGGUUUUCCAAUAUCGAUUAGGAGUCACGAUUCUCCUGCUUCUUCUUUUCAGAAUUUAGAGGUGAAAUCCUAAUUUGUUUUGAAGUUCUAGUUGCAGACAAUCAGGGAGUCCAGACAACUUCUUUAUAUAUAGACUUUCACAGAAAGACAAUUUACAGGCCUCGACAGUUGAUAGACGUCCUAGUUUUAACCGUUGCUGCCAUGGAGACGUUCAAGAGACUAUCGAUGGCUGAGAAAGAGGCCGACCUUCGAUUGAUGCUGAUCGCAAAUGUCCAUCUCGGGGCGAAGAAUUGUGACCUUUUCAUGAGAAAGUACGCAUUGAAGCAAACAUCUGACGGCGUCUUUAUCAUCAACCUCAAGGAGACAUGGGAGAAGCUUGAGCUCGCAGCGAGGAUCAUCGUUGCCACAGAGAACCCAGAAGACGUCGUCGUUCAAUCUUCAAGGCCGGAUGCCCAGGAUGCUGUCAUGAAGUUUGCAGAGCUCACCGGUGUACACCCAGUUGCCGGGAGACGCUUCUUGCCGAGCACGUACACGAACCAUUGCCAGCCUGCGUUCAGAGAUCCUCGUCUGCUCAUUGUGGCAGACCCUAGAGCUGACUUCCAGGCAAUGGAGGAAGCUGCUUCACACGGCAACGUUAGGAUUGUAGCGUUCUGUGACACUGAUUCGCCGUUGAACUACGUCGGAAUCGCCAUCCCCGGGAACAACAAAGGGAAGAACAGCGUUGCAUGCUUGUUCUGGGUGUUGACCAAGAUGGUUUUGAGGAUGCGUGGUGUAGUUCGGCUGGGGAAGCCAUGGAAGGUCGCUGUUGAUGACUUCAUCUGCAGAAAGACUGAGGUGGUGAUCACCAAGAAAGAAAAUGAAGAAGGGGAAGAUGUUGUUGAGUUUCAUUUGGAUGCUUAAGUUGCAUCAGCCAUAAUUCCUGCUCAGUUAUAUUAAUUGCUGUUUUCCUUUCUCUUUAAUGCAUAUUUAUUUAUGAGUUCUGUAUCAGAAAUCUUGUUUGUAAUUUUCAUGGCAGCUGUUAAAAUUCA